AUGGCGACCAGCGUCGUCCCAACCUCGGACAGCAUUGUUCCCAGAAUUGUCACUAUCGUUGACGACCAUGAUUUAACUCUUCGCGUUACUCAGUACACUAUGCCGUUGAAGGCCAGCGAAGAUGGCCGAGACAAGAUCAAGGCUAUAGUUGACUUCGAGGUCACUCGCCAACAUCUAAUCGACAACUCCGAGUCCGACUUCAUCCAGCAUCUUCUGACCACUCGCAAUUUCGCCGAGGCUGGCAAGAAGACCAUCGACUUGUACGAACAGAAUCCUCUUGCAGUCGAAGUCAUCCUCUGCGCAAUCUACCACAAAGACGAAACCUGGAGAUCGUCUAGUCUGGGUCAAGAGGUUACCACACGCACCCUAAACCUUCACUGGGAGAACUUGUGGGAAGUCGUGAUCUCCAAUCGUUUUCUCAUGAUCGAGUUCUUCAACCUUGACACUUGGUUCGGCCUCUGGUAUGAGAAGAACGGCGACGAACAUGACUCAGAGCUGUUGUAUCCGUGCUUCCAGUUCAACCAUGCCGAUGGCUUUCUCUGCAUCACCAAGAACCUAGUAUACAACCAAGCCCACAUCGAGGAGUACAGACGCGAAAAGUAUCCUGACUUGCACGUUCCGCCUCGCGUAAUCACUCGUGGCCAUCUCAGAGUCCUUCUUGCUAGAUGGCUCUGGAAACCAUUAGAUCUCAUGAUGAUGGCCGAGUGUGACUGUAAGGAGGAAACUGUCUACCAGUACCUCCGCGCUCUGGCAAAGACCAGAGGAUAUCCUAUUGACCAGCAGGGUCGUAAAUCAGUCGAUGACAUUUGUCAGAGUCUUGGAAAAUUCGAUCUAUCCGAUACUCGUGGCGACUGUCUAAUGUGCAACAACAACUGGAAUGGUAUCGUGACAAGCGCUGUUCGUGAGGUCAAGAAGCACUUCGACGGUAUGUGCAUUGAUUGUAUGGAUGCGACGCAGCCCAAGUUCCUGAAUGAGCACAUGGACUACUGGUCUCACGCAGAAUCCAAGCAGUGGGACCAGAAAUGUCGUGUCUCGCAUGGCCAGGCUACAUGGUAUUCCUCCUUCAUGGGUCGUGCAGAUACCAGAGACUGGUUGCUGAAGCGUGUCAGAACUAGAAAGCGCUCCUACUCGUCAGUCUAG